GUUGCUGUUUCUGCUGGAGUUAUACAAAGACGACGGACCAAAACAAAGAGCAGUGACAGUUUCUAAAGUCAGCGGUAUCUUAGAUUUCUUGAGUGAUUUUCACCAAAAAAUUGCUAUAAUUGUUGCUUUUAAUCCAGAUCUGAGGAGACACUCUACGGAUGUAACACCCAAAAGAUGGCCAAAGAAGACCUCAGCUUUUAUGACAUGAAAGGUGGUUUCGCCCCUGUCAAAACUGAGUUUGGACGGUGGUGGCAAACCGUGUAUGAAAUCCACUUGGAAGUUGACCUGCCACCUAACACUAGAGGAAAGGAGUGCGUCGUGAAUAUCACAACCACUGAACUAAGCGUUCAAGUUAGAGGCGAAACGAAAUUAAAGGGUAAAUUGUUCGGUAUCAUUAGGCCCGAUGAAUCGGUUUGGACUGUUGAAGAAAAUGUGAUGACGAUUUUGCUCUCCAGAAGUGACCACGCGAUCAAUGAAAUCAUUUGGCCCUCCCUCAUGGCUGACAAGUCAUACCCAUUGGACGCUGUUGCAAUGCACGAAACGAGGAAAAAGCUGGAUUUGGAGAGGUUUCAAAUAACGAAUCCAGGUUUUGAUUUUACAAACGCCAGACUUGCAAAGUGCUAUGACAAGGUCAAAGAACUUCCCAAAGAAGAGGAUGAGUGAUGAGUACCAGCAUGUGUGUGAACAUAAAUAUUUGUCUUGUGUCAGUCAGAUCACUUGCCU